CUCAAACCAUUUUCCACUGUCCUUGUCUUGCAAAUCUCCUCCGCUUCUCCUCACCUACGGAUCCGUCGCCCUUGCCGGCGAUCUGCGUACAGUUUCCGGCCGAUUCCCUGCCCGGAGAGAUGUCGUCGGCGGCGCUGAAGGAGCAGCUGCACGGGCUGGUCAAUUCCAUGUUUCGGGAGGGACUGUUGGAUGAGCAAUUCACGCAGCUCCAGAUGUUACAAGAUGCGAACAAUCCUGGAUUUGUGGCAGAAGUGGUUGCGUUGUUCUGUGAGGACUCAGAAAGAAUCUUGGCAGAACUAACCAAAUACCUGGAUCAAGCUGUGGUUGAUUACCAGAAGGUUGAUGCCUAUGUUCACCAACUGAAAGGAAGUAGCUCAAGUGUGGGUGCUCAUCAUGUAAAACUUGCUUGCAUUGAGUUCCGUCAAUUUUGUGAGGACAACAACAGAGAUGGGUGUGCGCGCUCGUUGAAUAUGGUCAAGCAUGAAUAUUGUCAUCUGCGUAGUAAAUUCGAGACCAUGGUUCAGCUGGAGCAAAGAAUCCUUGCCUAUGAAUCCAAACAGCAGCAGUGAUGAGUGGGGCAUGUGACACUAAAAGAGCUCCUUCAGAUCUCUUCAGAUCUCUCUCUCUCUCUCUCUGGUGUUGUAGAUUUUCAUAGUUUCAAAAAAAAAUAAUAAAAAAAUCAAAGGGAUAGUAAUGUCUGCAGCAAGGAAAGAAAUGGUGUGUUUGGAUGACUUGUUUUUUGUUGAGUUCUCAUGUUAUAAUACAAGUUAGUAUUUUGAACCUCUCAAAAAAACCCCACUGAAAAUGGAUGAGGGUGGAUUGAGUUUGGCGAUCCACUGGACCCACUGGGGCAGGCAAAUGUGGGAUCUGGAUUGAAGUUGCAGUUUUGUUGCAACUUCAAUGGUGAUUUAUGAUGAUGAUAACAAUAAUGUCUGUAAAUAAGAAUCUCUUGCCAGUUUGGAUGGAGGAACUGGUUUGAUUGUA